AACAUGGACCAGGGCCAUGAGUUGUCUUUCUCCAUUAUAUUUCGGGAAGACUGAAGAGAGUGAAGAGCAGGGGGAAGCAAGGGUAACAACUGCUGCCAUUCUUCAUACGGAGAUGGCCGGUCCCUUGCUGCGCUCUCUAUGGUGUACCAGUCGAAGCUUUCUCUCUUCUUCAUCCUACUAUGCCAGUCGACACAGCAAGCUCAGAAUCUCUCUCUUCACUCGCGUUCCCGGUCUAUCACGCGGCUUCUCCGCCGCCCCUGCUCCUGCCCCCGCCGCCGCCCCCGGCAGUCCAUUGGACCCAAGUCGACUCCGGAACGUGGCUGUGAUUGCCCACGUCGACCAUGGCAAGACUACCCUUAUGGACAGGCUUCUCAGGCAGUGCGGCGCCGACAUCCCCCACGAGCGUGCCCUUGAUUCUAUCACCCUCGAGCGUGAGCGUGGCAUCACCAUUGCUUCUAAGGUUACAUCCAUCUCAUGGAAGGGGAGUGAGUUGAAUAUGGUUGAUACCCCAGGACAUGCAGAUUUUGGCGGUGAAGUUGAGAGGGUAGUUGGCAUGGUUGAAGGAGCAAUUUUAGUUGUAGAUGCUGGUGAAGGUCCCCUUGCGCAGACAAAAUUUGUCCUUGCAAAAGCUCUAAAAUAUGGAUUACGCCCUAUACUCCUCUUAAACAAAGUAGACAGGCCUGCAGUUUCUGAAGAGAGAUGCAAUGAAGUGGAAAGCCUGGUGUUUGACCUUUUUGCAAAUCUUGGUGCUUCAGAGGAACAGCUAGAUUUUCCAGUUCUUUAUGCUUCUGCUAAAGAAGGAUGGGCUUCCUCCACUUUCACCAAAAAUCCUCCUGAUGAAGCCAAGAAUAUGUCAGAAUUGCUUGAUGCCAUUAUAAAACAUGUUCCUCCACCAACAGCAAGUCUUGAAGCACCUUUCCAAAUGCUGGUCUCCAUGAUGGAACGCGACUUCUAUCUUGGGCGAAUAUUGACUGGACGUAUCUCUUUGGGAGUUAUUCGCAUUGGAGAUCGAGUGCAUGGUAUUCGUAACACCCCUUCUGGUGUUGAAAAGAUUGAGGAAGGAAAGGUUGUGAAACUUAUGAAAAAGAAGGGUACAAACAUUUCUCUGGUCGAUAGCGCAGGAGCUGGUGAUAUAAUAUCAAUGGCUGGGUUAUCAAGUCCAUCAAUUGGUCACACAGUGGCAAAUGUUGAGGUUAUGACUGCACUCCCAACUGUUGAGUUAGAUCCCCCAACCAUUUCCAUGACUUUCGGUGUGAAUGACUCUCCAUUGGCUGGGCGUGAUGGAACCCAUUUGACUGGAGGGAAAAUUGGUGAUCGGCUAAUGGCAGAAGCAGAAACAAAUCUUGCUAUAAAUGUGAUUCCAGGCAUGUCAGAUUCAUAUGAAGUUCAAGGCAGAGGCGAACUUCAACUGGGAAUUUUAAUUGAGAACAUGAGGCGUGAAGGGUUUGAGCUUUCUGUUUCGCCACCUAAAGUAAUGUAUAAAACUGAGAAUAGGGAGAAGCUUGAACCAUUGGAAGAAGUGACAAUUGAGGUGAAUGAAGAGCAUGUGGGGCUUGUCAUGGAAGCUUUAUCUCAUAGGCGUGCUGAGGUUAUUGACAUGGGUCCUGUCCCAGGGAAUGUUGGCAGGACAAGAAUGUCUUUGACAUGUCCUUCCAGGGGCUUGGUUGGUUAUAGGUGUGUUUUCAGUAGUGACACACGUGGGACUGGAUUUAUGCAUCGUGCAUUCCUUACCUAUUCAAAAUACAGGGGCCCUCUUGGAAAUGUGAGAAAAGGAGUAUUGGUAUCAAUGGGUAAUGGAACCAUAACUGCACAUGCACUUAUGAGUUUAGAAGCUCGUGGAACCCUCUUUGUUACCCCUGGAAUGGAGACAUAUGAUGGCAUGAUUGUUGGGGAACAUUCAAGAGAUACAGAUCUGGAUGUAAAUCCUGUACGAGCAAAGGAACUGACCAAUGUCCGUGCUGCUGGGAAGGAUGAGAAUGUGAAGUUGUCCCCACCUCGCCUUAUGACACUUGAAGAAGCUAUAGGAUAUGUUGCUUCUGAUGAGUUCAUUGAGGUUACUCCAAAAGCUAUUCGGUUGAGGAAGAGAUACCUGGAUGCUAAUAAGCGGAAAAUGAUGAGGAAUAAGCCCAAGGAAUGAAGCUUGUGCCUUCAACAAUUUUGAAGAAGCUUGUGCUCAAAUAUACCCAGGUAGGAUAUGUUAACUUUUUUUUUUUCCUUUUUAUCUUCUUUUACCUGUGCCAUUUGUCUUGUUUAUUACAAGAAAAUCUCAAAAUAUUCUUUCUCAUGAUACGAGAGGCGAACAAACUUGGAAUAUAUUACGGCAUUGACUAUUAUGACAACAAGUAAAUUAUAAUAAUAGAUUGUAAUGUAUUGAACCAUCUUCUUUUGAGGUA